CCGAGCACCAAAGCCGACGCCCGCUCCGGCGCGGGCUGGAGAAUGAACUGCGAUGCGGAGAUGCACGUGAAAAUGUGCAAGAAGAUCGCCCAGCUCACCAAGAACCAACAUCCUUAAUGCAAAAGACAGCACAUCUGCAAUAAUCGAGCUGCGCAGAUGAACACAGACCAACUUCUGCUUCUCACCAGCCAGGUGGAGGCAGCACAGCUAAGGCCCAGCCCUCAAGGAGACCGCAGGCCUCGGCCUGUCCUCGUCAGGAUGUUUUCCCCUUCUCAGGCUUAUGUACUUGUGGGCUGACCGAUGAAGGACAUUCUGAAGGUGAUUUAUGCCCUGAACACCCGCCAGGAUGAGGCCCAGGCCGGCGUGGAGGCACUUCGGGAAGCACACCAGGAGGAGCUCCAGAGCGUAGUGGCUGAGACCAAAGCCAGGCUCCUGCAGGAACAGGGCCACCCCAAGGACGAUGAGGAGGCUCUGUUCCGGCGCAUCCAGGCCCUGGAGAGUGCCCUGGAGCUGCAGAAGAAGCUGACCCAGGAGGCUCUGGCCGAGUCAGCCACGUGCAGGCUGGAGACCAAAGAGAGAGAGCUGAGGGUGGAGGCCGAGCAUGCGGAGCGGGUGCUGACGCUCUCCAAGGAGAUGCUGGAGCUCAAGGCUGACUACGAGAAGAGGCUGCGGCACCUGGCGAACCACGAGGGUCCCCCCUGGGGCCGGCUUUCCCAGGAGAGGCCGGAAGCCAAGGCAGAGUCUGGCCAGGUCCCCGGGAUGCAGGAGGUGCUGCUGGAGGUGGAGCGGCUGCGGGCAGAGAACCAGCAGCUGAGCCAGGACUAUGCCCACAAGGCCGAGGAGCUGCAAGCCACCUACGAGCGGGAAAAUGAGGCCAUCCGGCAGGCCAUGCAGCAGUCGGUGAGCGAGGCCCUGUGGCAGUGGCAGGAGAAGGAGAGCGACCUCCGAAAGAACUUCCAGGUGCAGGAGUCUGCCCUGCAGGCCCAGGUCAGGAAGCUGGAAGGGGACCUGGAGCACAGGGGCCGCAAGAUCAGUGACCUGAAGAAAUAUGGCCAGAAGCUGAAGGAAAAGAUCCAGGACCUGGAUGUGCAGCUGAGGGAGGCUCGGCAGGAGAAUUCAGAGCUGAAGAGCACUGCCAAAAAACUCGGGGAGAAGCUGGCUGUUGCCAAAGACAGACUGAUGCUACAGGAGUGUCAUGUGACACAGAAAGCAGAUGACAUGAAGACUGAGAAUGACGUCCUAGGGGAAGCAAGUGACUUGGAAGCCCACAGUCUUCAUCCUCAGCAGGACCAAAGCCUUCCCAAGGAGUGUCCCAGCAUGAAGGGUGGCACAGAUAUACAGAGCAAGAAAGAGGCAAAUGUUGAGACAGAAUGUAUGAAGCAACAAUACGAAGAAGACCUUCAUGAGAUCAGGCGUCAGACUGAAGAGGAGAAGAAACACCUCCAAGACCAGCUCCUGAAGCGCCUGGAAGACUUGGUAAAAAAGCACACGGUGGAAAUCAAGUCAGUGCGCUGCUCGGUGGAGGCUGAACGAAAGAAGCUGCAGAAGGAAGUAGAGGCGCAGGUGGAAGAAGUGAAGAAGAAAUCAGAAAAGGAAAUAAGGCAGCUGGAAGAAGAGAAAUCAGCCCUAAAUGUGCAGCUUCAGAGUUCUUGGCUCGAGGUUUUAAGACUGGAAGAAUUUAUCCAACAACAUAAGGUAUCUCCCCAGAGAGCUGAGGAAAGACCCCAGGAAUUAGACAGCCAACCCUGCAGCAUUCUGGAGAGCCAGGAUCCAUGCUCCAAGCUGGAAGAACCUUCUCGGACACUGCCCAGAGAAGACCGUCAACACAAGUUAGCAGCUGAAGAGGGACCCAGCAGUGAUGAAGAAGAAAGGACUGAAGUGCCCCUCGAGGAAGAACAUGACCUACAACCUCCGCUGAGCUCUUCGCUGAAAGAGAAGACACCCGACACCCAGUGUCCACCGGAGGACUGGCAAAGCCAGAAGGCCCAACUGCAAGCCCAGGUGUCCCAGCUGCAGCGAGCCCUGGAGCAGCGCGCCAACGCCCACCGCGCCGACCUGCGGGAGCUCAGGCAGCAGGCGGAGCAGGAGGCCGAGCAGCUGCGGCGCGAGCUCCAGGACGGCCUGCAGCAGAGCCAGGCGGCCCGCGCGCAGCUCGAGGCGGCGCACCAGCGAGCCCUGCGCGCGCUCGAGAAGGCCAAAGCCCAGGAGCUCAAGGCCACAGAGGAGCACUUGAAGAAGGAAUCCACUCACAGCCUCCAGAUCCAACACCAGGCACACCGGCUGGAGCUCCAGGCCCUGGAGGAAAAGGCUAGGCAGGAGCUGCAGGAGGAGCGGGAGAGGAUGCAGGCACAGCAGGCACGGCUGCUAGAGUCCCUCAAGCAGGAGCUGUCGGAGCAGCGAGCGGCCUGCUCCGAGCACCAGAAGGACUUGGAGAUGCUGCGCAGCGCGGGCAGAAUGCAGGCUACCGUACUGUAUCCAGGGGACAGCGAGGACCGCGAGGUCCCCUCGGAGGACUGCGGCGGCCCGGGCGCGGCGGAGCCCGGAGCAGGCGAGGGCUGCGGGCUCCGCGAGGAGAACGCGCAGCUCCGGGACGCCGUAGUGCGGCUGCGCGCUGAGGCGGAGCAGCACCAGCAGGAGGCACGGCAGCUCCGCGAGCAGCGCAGGUUGCUGGAGGAGGGUCACCAAGCCCAGAGGGCCAGAGAGGUGGAGACGCUCCGCCAGGAACACCAGAAGGAAAUGCAGGCCGUGGUGGCGGACUUCAGUGGUGCCCAGGCCCGGCUCCAGGCCCGGCUUGCUGCCCUGGAGGCCGAACUGAAGGAUUCCGGAGAGAAGCCGGGGAAGGCAGCGUCCAGGCCCGAGGACCUGCAGCUCCUAGGCCGCCUGCAGAGCCGCCUCAAGGAGCGCGAGGAGAUCAUCAAGCAGCUCACGGAGGAGAGGAGAUUUCACUACGCAGCCUUCCCCAGUGCGGUGUCCCAUCGGAAUCGAUCCUUUUCUUUCCACCCUCACCCGGGGUGUUUGACCCCCACCAUGAAGAAAAAGAAGAUGGAGGAGGUGCCCAGCCGAGUGGUCAGCGUGCCCAACCUCGCCUCCUACGCCAAGAACUUUCUGAGUGGGGACCUGAGCUCCAGGAUCAAUGCCCCUCCGAUCACUAAGUCACCCAGCUUGGACCCAAGCCCCAACUGUGGCCGGCCGUACAAACCCUCCCCGUCUCUAGGCACGAAAACCGCCACAAGGGCACAAGAUGGUGAAACAGUGCCACCCAAGGAACCCCCACAGAAGCAGGGCUCCCCACACCAGGAGUGGUUCACCAAGUACUUUUCCUUCUAAACCGACCUCGGGGAUGCAUCGCAAAGGGGACUUAGAAACAUUCAAAACACAGAAGGAAUGAAUGACACCCAACCAAAUAACUUGCUUGUCAUAUAUAUAUGACAGCUAAGACAAAUGUUGGCUUUAACAUUUCAUACUGUUUCAUGGUGUCACCAGUUUGUUAAAAAAAAUUCUUGAUAUUAAAGAUAGAACAAACCAGUGUUAUUAAAAAGCACCCAUAGGAAAAUGUUAUGAAUACUGUUGAUGAUGUGCGCACUGUAUUUCUAGUGUCCAUAACAUCAUACUCCACUUUGGGGGAGAUCGGACUUUGUGACUUCCUUAGUUUAUUUUAAAAGUAGUUUCAUGUUUCCUUAUGACCCAAGUCCUCUCCAUCUGGAAAACUGUUUCUGUGUAAAAUGAUGUAAUUCCUAAAUGCACACCUAACCUCAUUAGGAGAAGGAAUAAGAUAAAAUCCAUUAUCAACAGAAAGGCCAGUUUCAAAAACCAAAACCCAAACCUCCUAGGAGUGGACUGCUGUGUGCUCUGGUUGAAUGCUGUGACUCCCUAGGUCCAGGACAGGCAGAUUCUAAGCAGGCUAACACCUACCUCAGAAGGGGCGGUGCCGCGCCCUGUCCCACUUCUGUUUCAGUGACUGUGUCAAGUUGGUCAUCUGUGAGGAUGGAUUCUAGAUGAUUUGUUCUCUGAGGUCACAGUUCCACUGAACCUGUGGUCUUGGGUUUGGGCCAUUUGCCUCACGAUGUGUUGCUUCUGCACUGCAUGGACUUUUUGUAGGUUCCCGGGCAUUGGGAAUGGCUGCUCAUGGUGCUGACCUUGCGCUCCUCCAACCACAGAGCUGUCUUACCCUCUCCCAGAGCAAUGCGAUUUGACAAGACGAAAUAUACCUUGGAGUAGGCGAAAUAUCUUUUCAGGCCUUUGGUGCUGGCCCAGCAAGUGGCCCCAAAGCAGAUGUUAAUUCUAUGCACUGAAAAAACUUUGCUCUUUUAAUAAAAUGUUAAACAUCUGGGCAAUAAAAA